AUCGCGUUCCCCUUCAUGUCUCCAUUUCCACACGCAGGCGACUUCAGCAGCCAGAUCGCGGCGAGGGUCCUGGAGCUGCCUUACAAGGGCAAAGCAAUGUCCAUGUUCAUUUUCCUUCCCUCUGAGGAUGGGCCCGGCGGCUUCGCCAAAAUGGUCUCUCAACUCAGCGGAAACAACGUGAGGGCAGCUACCAACGGGGAGUUACUCAACAGUCGACUGGUAGAGUUGCAGCUGCCCAAGUUCAAGCUGGACGUGAAAGUGAAGGGUCUUAUUCCAGCUCUCAUGAAUACCGGAAUCAUUGACAUCUUUUCCUUCGACAAAGCCAACUUUACUACGCUCGGGCCUCUGCGCGAGGUAGCCGUGGAGACGGUCAUCCACAAGGCCUUCGUCGAGGUGAACGAGGAGGGAACGGAGGCCGCUGCGGUGACCGCGCUCAUCGCGCCCGUCAGGUCCUUCAUCCAGCCGAUCCGUUUCCACUGCAACCGCCCGUUCCUCUUCCUCAUCAGGGACAAAGACACGCACAGCAUCCUCUUCAUGGGGGCUUACAAGGAUCCUGCAACGGCUGCUUGAAGGCCUGCGAGUGUAAAAAACAGGAGUAAAGGACGACUGUGCAAUGGUGGCGGAUAAUCGAGAUGUUUCGAGGUUUG